AGCUCCUCGGUUCUGCUAAGAGGGUCAACGUCAACUUCCAGGAUACAGACGGGUUUGCUCCGCUGCACCAUGCUGCUCUCAGCGGGAACCUGGAGCUCAUCUCUCUGCUGCUGGAGUCUCAGGCCGCCGUGGACAUCAGGGACCAGAAGGGGAUGCGUCCGCUGCACUACGCGGCGUGGCAGGGGAAGGCGGAGCCUAUGAAGACGCUGCUGAAGUCUGGUUCGUCGGUCAACGGCCAAUCAGACGAGGGACAGAUCCCUCUGCACCUGUCGGCACAGCACGGACACUACGACGUGUCUGAGAUGUUGCUGCAGCACCAGUCUAACCCGUGUAUCUUGGACAAUGCAGGAAAGACUCCUCUUGAUCUGGCCUGUGAGUUCGGCAGGGUCGGGGAGAUUCUACUGACCCAACGGGACCUCUCCUCUCCACUGGCAGCCAAGAACGGACACAUAGACAUCAUCAG